CUUGUCGGAUCCACAAAUCAUCAAUCCAAACCCCAAAUCCCUUGUUUGUUCCUAAUCCUGCCUGCCUGCCUUCACUGUUGACAGUUCAAACCUCUCUUUCUCUCAUUGUCGUGUUUUCUACGUUUGAUUCUUUCUUAAACCAACCAAAACCUCACAUCUCAAAUCACUGUUCUAACCCUUUUUUCCACACCCCAUUUGAUUUCUUCAUCUGAUUUCACUUCCAUCUUCAAUUAAAAGUGUAAAGUUUUGAUCUUUAGUUUCAUCUACACAAGGGGAAGUGUAAAGUUUCGAUCUUUUGCUUAAUCUACAACUGGGUUUUUGUUUUCUGCUUCAACCCUUCAACCCCACAAUCUCACCAUCAAGGUUAUGGUUAUCAUCAUAGGUUUUCAUGUAUAAAAACUCAUGUUUGAUUUAAUUUGUAGAUGAAAAAUUUAUAGUAUUUUUUUUAUGCUUUGUGUAUAUUAAAUAUUAAUUAUGGCUUCCUAUAAGAAACCACGCCUUAGAGAUGUGGCUUUGCGCCGUUUAUUAUCUGUGGUUUUUGUUACUUUAUGUGGGGUUUUGCUAUUGAUAUUUCUACUUGGAACUAAUUCAACAACAACUAUUGAAACUAAUGAUUUAGAAAGUGUUGAUGAUAAUGAUGAUGGUUCUGGUUAUCAUCGCGAUUUGAAGUUUACAAAGUUUCAAAAACUUCCACAACAGAGUGAUUUGUCACUCAAAGUGGAAAAGCUAAAUGAUUUGCCUCCAAGAAACUUGGAUUUGUUUCCGAAUCUGGCUAAGGAUGCUAUCAUUGUUGUUUUGUAUGUUCAUAACCGGCCGCAGUAUCUUAAAGUAGUUGUCGAGAGUCUUUCGAAGGUUGUAGGGAUUAAUGAGACUUUGUUGGUUGUUAGUCAUGAUGGUUACUUUGAGGAAAUGAAUGAGAUUAUUCGUGGUAUUAGGUUUUGUCAAGUUAAACAGAUAUAUGCUCCGUAUUCGCCUCAUUUGUUUCCGAAUAGUUUUCCUGGGGUUUCGGCUGGUGAUUGUAAGGAAAAAGAUGAUGCCGAAGUAAAACAUUGUGAGGGGAAUCCUGAUCAGUAUGGAAACCACCGGUCGCCGAAGAUUGUAUCGUUGAAGCAUCAUUGGUGGUGGAUGAUGAACACGGUAUGGGAUGGAUUGGGCGAAACAAGAGCACAUUCUGGUCAUAUUCUUUUUAUUGAAGAAGACCACUUUAUAUUUCCCAAUGCGUAUCGCAAUUUACAGAUUCUUACUACAUUGAAGCCUACAAAAUGUCCUGAUUGUUAUGCUGCAAAUUUAGCACCUUCUGAUGUGAAAUUCAGAGGCGAAGAGUGGGAAAGUUUAAUUGCAGAGAGAAUGGGAAAUAUAGGUUACACAUUCAACCGAACGGUUUGGGGGAAAAUACACAAUAAGGCUAGAGAUUUUUGUUUCUUCGAUGAAUAUAAUUGGGACAUCACGAUGUGGGCAACUGUUUAUCCCUCAUUCGGUGGGCCUGUCUACACGUUACGAGGCCCAAGGACCAGUGCUGUUCAUUUUGGGAAAUGCGGUUUGCAUCAGGGUCAAGAGGAGAAUAAGGCUUGCAUUGAUAACGGAAUGGCGAAUAUUCUUGUAGAAGAUCAUGACAAGGUUGCGAACAUUGAUUCGGAUUGGGAUGUCCAUUUCCAUAAAAACCAGCCUGGUUAUCAAGCCGGGUUUAAAGGUUGGGGAGGUUGGGGGGACGACAGAGACCGCCACUUAUGCUUGAGUUUCGCCGACAUGUAUCACUCCAAAGGCACUGCAGCUCCCUUGUAAGAGUUCAGUUUCUAGUAUCUUUUUGUUUUUCCUUUGUUCUUCUUUAUUUAUAGUUGUUUUUUAUUUUUAAUUCAGUCAAUGUGAGAAAAUUAGGUUCUUUCAAUACAUGAAUUCAUAUUAGAGCUUUAGAAACAGUUUUUUAGGGUCCAUAAUUACUUUGAUAACUACCACUAAAUCUUAUGUCUUAGUUGUAACACUGAAUGGAUAUUCACUCAUAUCGGUUCUUCCUCAGAUGAAGGAAGCUUUUGUAUCAUGUGAACUUUUUAUCUAUAUUCAUGUUUUGGGUUUUCCCAUGUAUUAGUCAC